CCAACCACCCGCCAAGAUCGGGCGCCGACGGCAGAGACGCAGCCGCACGCAGCAACGAACGACAACCGGAAACACCGCGCGCCGCAACAGAAAACACAACACGCGCCAACUGAAGCAGAGGGGAUUGCGCCUCAUCGAUCGGGCUGAGUUGAAUCCUUCUUGUCUCGCCGGCAUGUCCUCUAAUCCCUCGUCACCACCGUCGCCGCCAUCGAACAACACCUCUCCUCCUUCAGCCGCCCCGCCGCCGUCACCGGACUCGUCCUCUGCACCAACGGUAAACUCGUCUUCGCCGGCGCCAUCCAGCUCCUCGCCUCCGCCGGCGCCGUCCAAGUCCCAUGGCGCUCCGGCGUCACCGGCCGCGAUCCACACUCCAUCUGCCCAAUCCUCUAGAGGCACGGGUGACUCGAGCAGGUCGGAGCAGGCUUAUGUGCGCCGCGUCAGCCCGGCUGAGAUCGUUUUCGCUGCCGCCGGGGCGGCCGCCCUUCUUGCGCUCCUCAUUGCCGCCUGCGUGUGCUGCUCGAGGAGGACGGCGCCGAGGAGGCGGCGGAAGCCUCGCAACCCGAUGCAUUUCUACGCAGACACUGCCUCCGGACACCAAGGCAACAGCACGAGCUACGCCAGUGGGCCGCAGCCGCAAUGGCAGAGCGACACGGGCGCGGGGCCGUCGACGAGCAUAUCCGGCCCGCCGGGUGCCUCCUGGCACGUGCCGCCCGACAUGAACUCCGGCCAGCCGCUGCAUACGCCGGCACCGCAAGAGGCGCUGGUGUUCGGCAAGGGCACGUUCACCUACGAGGAGCUCGCGGCGGCGACGGGCGACUUCUCCCAGGCGAACCUGCUCGGGCAGGGCGGGUUCGGGUACGUGCACAAGGGGGUGCUCCCCAGCGGCAAGGCGGUGGCCGUGAAGCAGCUCAAGGCCGGGAGCGGCCAGGGGGAGCGCGAGUUCCAGGCCGAGGUGGACAUCAUCAGCCGGGUGCACCACCGCCACCUCGUGUCCCUCGUCGGAUACUGCAUCGCCGGCACCAGCCGCAUGCUCGUCUACGAGUUCGUCCCCAACAAGACGCUCGAGUUCCACCUCCAUGGGAAAGGGUUGCCGCCAAUGGCAUGGGCGACGAGGCUGCGCAUCGCGCUCGGGUCGGCGAAGGGUCUCGCCUACCUGCACGAAGACUGCCAGCCCCGGAUCAUCCACCGCGACAUCAAAUCCGCCAACAUCCUCCUCGACAACAACUUCGAGGCGAUGGUCGCGGACUUUGGGCUAGCCAAGCUGGCGUCCGACAACAACACGCACGUCACGACCCGCGUCAUGGGGACGUUCGGGUACCUGGCGCCGGAGUACGCGUCGAGCGGGAGGCUGACGGAGAAGUCGGACGUGUUCUCCUACGGCGUGGUGCUGCUGGAGCUCCUGACGGGGCGGCGGCCCAUCGACGCCACGACGCAGCUGUUCCUGGAAGACGGCCUCGUGGACUGGGCGAGGCCGGCCCUGUCGCGCGCGCUGGCCGGCGGCGACUACGACGCCGUUGCGGACCCGAGGCUGGAGGGCAGCUACGACCCGGUGGAGAUGGCGCGCGUGGCGGCCAGUGCCGCGGCCUGCGUCCGGCAGUCGGCCAAGAAGCGCCCCAGGAUGAGCCAGAUAGUGAGGGCGCUGGAGGGGGACAUGUCGCUCGAGGACCUGAACGAGGGGGUUCGGCCGGGGCAGAGUGUGCUGUUCGGCGAGGCGGGGUCGUCGGGGUAAAGGAGGGAGGCUUUGCUGGGGCCUUCCUUACUCGUCCGACAUGAACCGCGUCGAGCAAGUGACCAUCGCCGGAGUAUAAAAAGAACACUUGACCGCGGCAACGACGAACACUU